UCCAAUGGACAUUGAGAUACAUUUCAGUUUAUGAUUAUCUUUUUAAGUAUUAUGUAGAGUAGAGACUAUAAAAAUGAGUCGAAAUUUCGUAUAAAUUUAGGAUUCGUUGUCUUUUUUAAAAACGCUUUUUUUACACUUUAUUUGCUCAUCUCGUGUGUCUAUACCUUUACCUAUUUCGGUAUUCCAUCCUAUUGGAAAGUAGUGAGAGUGGUGGCAGAACGCGCUGCACGCAACCACACCGCUUCCGCGUAACGUUCGGAGCGGACGUUCGAAAAUCGAAUGUUCAGUUACAUUUGAAAUUCCAAAUUUGAAAAAUGAGGGUCAAACCGGAUUUGACCUUUUCGAAGCUGGAUAACGAGACGGGGGAGCUUCUCGAUAGGAUGUUCGAGAAGAAGGAUUGUAUGGUGGAGAUUAAUCCGGGAAGGGUGAUUCUGCCGGCGGAUUAUAUGACGAUUGGGCAGGAUAUUUUGGAUAUGGAGGUGCUGGAGAACGAUGUUUGGAUGUGCUCGUAUCCUCGAACUGGCUCCACAUGGUGCCAAGAAAUGGUUUGGCUUAUAGGUCAUGACCUGGAUUACGAGGGAGCCAAAUCUUUGCAACAGAUUCGCUGCCCGCUGGUAGAACUAUCCUGCAUCAUGGUGGCUGGACAUUCGGAGUGGCAUGACGAGUCUGUAAAGGGCACAUCGGUGGACCUAGUGAAGUACCGGCUAGCGAGACCUCGGUACAUCCGCAGCCACCUCCCUUGGGAUCUGCUACCCGUGGAUAUACAACGCGAAGAUGGACAGGCUAAAGCGAAGGUGAUCUACACAUCACGUAACCCGAAGGAUAUGGUAGUGUCUUACUACCACUACUGCACGUUGGUACAUGGCUUGAAGGGGACUUUUGAAGAGUUCUGCGACCUUUUUAUGCGCGACCGUGCGCCAUUUGGACCUGUGUGGAACCACAUCCUCGGUUUCUGGAAUCGCCGAAAUGACCCCAACGUCCUGUUCAUCAAGUUCGAAGAAAUGAAGCACGACUUACCUUCCGUGGUCAGAAGGACUGCUGACUUCCUUGGGAAGACCAUGACCGAUGACCAGGUGGAUAAACUGUGCGAUCAUCUCUCCUUCAAGAAUAUGAAAAGCAACCGCGCAGUUAACCUCGAGCCAAUCCUCCAGAAAUCCUUCGGCAAGAGCUACUUAGAGGGGACCAAACUGAGAUUUAUCAGGAAAGGGGAAAUUGGUGACUGGAAGAACUACAUGUCUGAUGAUCUUUCGAGAAGGUUCGACCAGUGGGCGGAGCAGCAUUUGGAGGGGACUGGCCUGAAGUUUGAAUAAUUUUAACUAGACUAUCUUGAGGCUCUGACAUACUGAAAUAUUCGGGACGAGUCACAAGACAAGCGCCAUUAGCAUGACAGGCGGAAUAGCCAAUUUAUAGAGAAUGACAAACGAAAGUUAAAUAAUGUAUAAUCUGUCACCCUGUACAUUUAUUUUUCGAAUGGCGCUUCUCGAUAAACGACUGUCUUCUUGCAACUUGUUACUUACAACCCCCUGAGGGCCUACCAAUACCGGCCUACAGCGAAAAUCCAAAUUUCGAUUUUUGAUUACACCGUCAGUUUUCUAAGGGCAAUACGAGUACACCAGGCAGGCUUGCGGUAUUGUUUGUCGCUAAAGUUGGUCAUACAUACUAGGGUAUGCCUGCGCAGUUCAACUGCACAGGCAAAACCGAAACAGCACAGUGGAAUGCCACAUAUGCUCCUUUUUACCUGUGCAGUUGACCCGUAUAGGCAAAACUGCGCAGGCUUACCCUAGUGUGUCUGGCCAGCUUAACGCAAUCAUCAUUAAAAAUGCGGUCUCCUUACAUGACACCUUUGUAUAGUCUGUAACUCAUUAGGUCGAAAGAAUGUAUUUCGAUAAAUUACGAGAAUUGUUGACAGUUUUGUUUUAAUAUUUCAGUAUGUUUGAAGAACUUUUAAUCCUAUGUAAUAUGUGUUAUUUUGUAAUUGUUGCUCUUGGUAUUAAUAAACGUUUUUAUCACAACUGAUUUAUUUCUUUCGUGUGUAGUUUAAAGCGGAGUUGCAUUACUGUAGGUACAAAUUCUGAUAGCUCAUAAAAUAUAAUAUCUAGAAUUUUUGAAAUUUUAUUAUUAAUAUCUUUAGCAAGUAACGUAAUUUUCCACUGCGUUACGCUUGCGUUGGCUUAAAAUUAAUAUAAUACGUAUGUUUAUGCCCUUUGGAUAUGUACUUAGAUGUUUUGUACCAUUUUUUAUUACGGUAAAUAACGAAACACGAAUAAAAAAAUAAAAUAAAUAUUUAAAUCAGAUUUAAAUUCCGUUUUAUAAUAACAGAUGUUGUUCCCAUUGUUCCGAAUGUACCUAUAUUGAAUGAUUAGUUGUCAUUGCAUAAAUACAUUUUUUUUGCGAUUAUAAUUAUUUUGAAGGGGUGAGGGGUAAAAGAAAUGCUGUAACUUUCGAUGAAUUUAAUUUCACAAAAGUAAGGUUCACAAGUCUGGCAACAUAACAAAUUGAUAUGCUGUUUUAGAAUCACAGAAGCUGUGUUGCUAAUAUAUUUAAAAAAUCUAUAUAGACAAAUAUUUGAUUAAAUCAAUUUGAUGUUCAUAAUUAUGAACGUCAAAUAGAUAUUUAAAAAAAAGCAGACUACACACCACUUAGCACCUCAUAUUUUAAUACCAAAUGUGACUGUUAUAUGUCCGCUACAGGAAAAUACGUGCUAAAAUCGAGCGAUUUAUACAAAUCACAAUCAAAAUGAAUUUUAAAAACCCUGUAAAUUUCUAGCUAACAUUAAUACAUCCAACGUUCAAAAACGCAGUUAUGAAAAGGUCUCUAGCAAACAAUAAUAACAGUAUCUACAAAUUACCAAACACUGGCAAAAUGCAACAAUGGCUCAAAUCAAUGGAAAAAAAACAGCAUAAUAAGUUUUCUAAUUAAUAAAAAUACCACUGUUAUACUUUUCCAGACGUAUUUUUUAUUUCCCAAUAAGGAAUAUUUAACGCGUACAAAAUAUAAAUCUUAAAAUGUGAACUAAAUAAGUACAUAAGGAAAGUAAAUAAUGAGUACAACAGUAAUAGACUAGAUAAAAUAUUAUUUUUAAUUGACUUAGCAUACGACAUAGAAACUGUUAUUUAAUACGGAAAAAUCACUUCGGAUUUGUAAUAAAGAAAACCUUGUACAUGUCAUUCAAAUUUUAAAUUACAUUUGAGCAUAGAACUUCAAGGAUUUAGACUGUUUUAAUACAUAGGCAUAUUUCAAAUGAUGAAAUUAUUUUAA